CGCCCCGACAACCAACCGACACUUUCCACUGUCCCGCAUUAAACACCGUCAUAACGUCGUUUUACAGGGGUGCGAGCGUAUUAAAACCGAACGUCUAAUUCAACCCCUUUUCUAUUUUUCUCGACGCACAAAGAACAAACGGAAAAUCUGUAAUUCUGUGUCACGUUCCCCUUUUUUCCUCCAGCGCCCCGGACGAGCGUAAGUCACGCCCCUUCUUGAUUUGUCAACAAAGGGGCUUGACGAGCCUUUACGAAGAACCGCCCUGUAUUCCGAAAAAAGUGGGGGUUUGUCUAUAGGCUACAGGGACAGCGGCUCAUAUGGUACGUUGACUUCCUCCGUGGAUAAAGCUAUCAUGGCGGAGCGCACACAGUCGCCCCCAGCCAAAAGGCUCUGCUGUCGACCGGGCCACAGCGCGACAUGUAGACAAGGCCAUCGGGCCGGAGGAGGAAUGCCAUGCGGCGGCUCGGUGACUUGCGGGUCGAGCAAAACCCACAGCCCAGAAUCUCUCUUGGACAUCGCGGCGAGAAAAGUGGCCGAAAAGUGGCCCUUUCAGCGGGUCGAGGAACGCUUCGAACGGAUCCCAGAACCGGUUCAGAGGCGGAUCGUGUUCUGGUCUUUCCCACGGAGCGAACGGGAGAUUUGUAUGUACUCGUCGUUUAAAACCGGGGGAGACGAGGUCGGAUCUAGCGGGGAGAACAACGAUGAAACGCGACUCCCCUUCCGACGAGGCGUCGCAUUGCUGGAGAGUGGCUGCGUGGACAAUGUGCUGCAAGUCGGCUUCCAUCUCAGCGGGACGGUGCGAGAGCCCGCCGCCCCUGCAUCGGCGUCCGACCCGGCGGCGGCCCCGGCGACGGGGACGACGGCAGUGGCGGAGCCCCCGCAGCCCUGCGGCGUGAGCGUGAGCUUCGACCGCUGCAAGAUCACGGCGGUGACGUGCACGUGCGGCAACAAGGACAUCUUCUACUGCGCCCACGUGGUGGCGCUGGCGCUGUACCGCGUGCGCAAGCCCGAGCAGGUGAAGCUGCGGCUGCCCAUCUCGGAGACCCUGUUCCAGAUGAACCGGGACCAGCUGCAGAAGUUCGUGCAGUACCUGAUCACGGUGCACCACACCGAGGUGCUGCCCACCGCCCAGAAGCUGGCCGACGAGAUCCUGUCGCUGGACUCGGAGAUCAACCAGGUGCACGGAGCCCCGGACCCCACAGCAGGGGCCAGUGUGGACGAUGAGAACUGCUGGCACCUGGACGAGGAGCAGGUCCAGGAGCAGGUGAAGCUCUUCCUGUCCCAGGGAGGGUACCACGGCUCUGGGAAGCAGCUCAACCUGCUCUUCAGCAAGGUGAGGGAGAUGCUGAAGAUGAGGGACUCCAACGGAGCGCGGAUGUUGACUCUGAUCACCGGUCAGUUCCUGGGCGACCCACGGCUGGCGCUAUGGAAACAGCAGGGGACCACCAUGACGGACAAAUACAGGCAGCUCUGGGACGAACUAGGCGCGCUGUGGAUGUGCAUCGUGCUGAACCCCCACUGCAAGCGGGAGCAGAAGGGCUCCUGGCUGCAGCAGCUGCGCCGCUGGAACAGCGUGGACGCCUGUCCCUUGGAGGACGGUAACCAUGGCAGCGAGCUGACCCACCUGACCAACGCACGACCUCAAGGCCCGCACGGCCACCCAGACGCCCUGGCGCGGCCCCACCGGACGGUGUUCACACGGGCCAUCGAGGCCUGUGAUCUCCACUGGCAGGACCCCCACCUGCAGCACAUCAUCGCCCAGGACCCCGUCACCACCUGCUGUUACCACGACAACCGCCACAGCGCCCUGUUCGACCCCCGCGGCCGGCCCCUGUGGCACGAGCAUGUUCCCACUGCCUGCGCCCGAGUGGAUGCUCUGAGGUCACAUGGUUACCCCAAGGAAGCGCUGCGAUUGGCCAUCGCUAUCGUCAACACCCUGCAGAGGCAACAACAGAAGCAGCUGGAGUUAUUCCGGAAUCACAAGAAAGACCUGCUGCAUAAGGGCGUGACCUCCACCACCAACCCCGAGGGCUGGGUGGGCCACCCCCUGGACCCCAUCGGCACCCUGUUCAGCACUCUGAUGGGCACGAGUCAAGGGGGCAGCGAGGACUCAGCGGGGGGACGGCUGGACUUCUCAGCCAAGAGAGUGAAGCACCCCACGUUCCCCACGCACCGUUACCUUGACGACGGCGAGUCGCUGGUGUGCCUGGCGGUGGAGGCGGCGCUGCUGGGCCUGGGGCAGCAGCGGGCCAUGCCCGACGGCCUGUACGCCCAGGAGAAGGUGGGCCGCCACGAGGAGCAGCUGCUGGGUCGCCUGCAGGAGGUGGAGCUGGACGACCGGCUGGUGACGGUGUUCCGCCGGCAGGCCGCGCUGCUGCUGGAGGCCGGUCCCCACAGUGGCCUAGGGGAGAUGCUCCACAGAGAAAGUGUCCCCAUGCACACCUUCGCCAAGUACCUGUUCACCACUCUGCUACCUCACGAUGCUGAACUGGCAUACAAGAUUGCACUUAGAGCCAUGAGGCUGCCGGUCCUGGAGCCCUCUAGUGACCUGUCUCGCUCGCACCACAUCGUAUCCGUGGUAACCAACCGAUACCCGCGCUGGUUCACUCUCAGCCACGUCGAGUCCCAGCAAUGUGAACUGGCCUCCACAAUGCUCACGGCUGCUAAAGGGGACGCGUGCAAACUGCAGACGGUGCUGGAGUCCAUCCAGAAGAACAUCCACUCCUCGUCGCACAUCUUCAAGCUGGCCCAGGACGCCUUCAAGAUCGCCACGCUCAUGGACAGCCUGCCCGACAUCACCCUGCUCAAGGUGUCCCUGGAGCUGGGGCUGCAGGUGAUGAGGAUGACCCUGUCCACCCUGAACUGGCGGAGGCGGGAGAUGGUGCGCUGGCUGGUCACCUGUGCCACGGAAGUCGGGGUCUACGCACUGGACAGCAUCAUGCAGAACUGGUACACCCUCUUCACCCCCACGGAGGCCACCAGCAUCGUGGCCACCACCGUCGUGUCCAACAGCACCGUGCUGCGGCUCCACCUGGACUGCCAUCAGCAGGACCACCUGGCCACCUCGGCCCGCACCCUGGCCCUGCAGUGCGCCAUGAAGGACCCCCAGAACUGCGCGCUCGCCGCCCUCACCCUCUGCGAGAAGGAGCACAUCGCCUUCGAGACGGCGUACCAGAUCGUGCUGGACGCGGCGGCGGCCACGGCGGCCACGGGCAUGAGCUACACGCAGCUGUUCACCAUCGCCCGCUACAUGGAGCACCGCGGCUACCCCAUGCGCGCCUACAAGCUCGCCACGCUGGCCAUGACGCACCUCAACCUCAGCUACAACCAGGACACGCACCCGGCCAUCAACGACGUGCUGUGGGCGUGCGCGCUCAGCCACUCGCUGGGCAAGAACGAGCUGGCGGCCGUCAUCCCCCUGGUGGUGAAGAGCGUGAAGUGCGCCACGGUGCUGUCGGACAUCCUGCGGCGGUGCACCAUGACCACGCCGGGCAUGGUGGUGUCGGCGCUGCACAGCCGCCGCAACUCGGGCAAGCUGAUGUCCCUGGACAAGGCGCCGCUGCGCAAGCUGCUGGACGCCACCAUCGGCGCCUACAUCAACACCACGCACUCGCGGCUCACGCACAUCAGCCCGCGGCACUACGGCGAGUUCAUCGAGUUCCUGAGCAAGGCGCGCGAGACGUUCCUGAUGGCGCAGGACGGCCACGUCCAGUUCGCCCAGUUCAUAGACAACCUCAAGCAGAUCUACAAGGGCAAGAAGAAGCUCAUGAAUCUGGUGAGGGAGCGGUUUGGGUGACGGGCCGACGGGGCUGGUGUACGUCUUCACUUGAAUCCCCUCGUCCCCCCCCUCCCCAUCUCCUUCCCCACUUGUUUCAGAAGUAGAUGGGGAUUCCUGCCGUAGAGAUCUGCCGUUCAGACAGCCAGAACCGGGUUUCCACCGCGGUGGAGAAGGAGCUUGUGAUGCUUGCUCCACAGAUGAGCUUAGACCGUCGCAGUCUAAAUCAUGGUAUUAAAUCAGGUUUUCCGGAGGCUUUAGAAAUACCAGUAUUUUGCGUACUUUCAGUCCAUCUUAAAAAGGGCCCCUGUUAUACCACCAGGUGUCAUGUUGUGGAGCCAUUAUGAGCCAUUUUUAUCUAUCUCAAAUCUUUUCCUUUGAGGCGUCACAAAUGUGGGAUUGUCCUAUCAGCUGGAAGGAGUUAAUUAGACAGUAUGGUAGUUGGGAGAGCUGUCCGUCGUGCAUAUGAGCCGACACUCCCACUUAGUGAUGUCUCGAAGGGGUAGAUUUAAAGCACAAACGAAAGACUUGAUACAAUUCAAAACAGAAGUAAAGACGAAAUUGCAUUUAAUAACUACAGUGGCAACAAACAAACUAUAAGCCACACUUGGUAUUUAUGUUCAUGGUCAGUUUACAAACAGAAUUGUCAUAGCAUUGAAGAUAAAUACAAACUCUUUUGCGUAACACCAAGUGAAUUUCCAACUUGCACUUCCAUUUCCUCGUGGAUUACCUAGAGCCUCAAACUAAACAGAAAUGGCUUUAAACCAAGAGGACUCCCUAUCUUAAGCAACAAUUACCUCUCGUAAGGAUUGUGUGUAAGCUUUAGUCCACCUUCUGGCACAUAAAGAAGUUUGUAGAAGAAGAUCCACAGAAAUCAUCGUUCCUUUGAAUCAAUAUUCUUAGGUUUUUGUAAUACUCAAAUACUUGUUUUAGUUUUUUCAGUGUUGCCAUUCAUACUGCUCACAUUUAACAAAGUACAGAAAAACACAAAGAUACUGUCGUCGAGUUACUUGUUUGUGAAAAAUGUCAAAAUACAUUCUCAGGGACUACUUUGGAAAAUCAAAAAAAAAAAGGUAAGAAGCAUUUUAUUGUACAGAACACACAGAUUAUUGCGUCUGAAGAUGUAAAAAAUGUAUACAUUUACUAAUUUAUGACAAAAUAUUAUAUGUAAUGCAAAUACUUGAAGUUUUGGUAUUUGUUUUUUCUUUUUUACAAAAACAUAUCAGAAAGACUUGAACUGUGCGCCGGGUGGUGUAUUCUGAGGCCAGGUGACUGUCCAAUGGCAUUUGCAUCGGAUCCGUUGACCGUCAGUAACCUAGCAACAGCGUGUGUCAGUUGAUUGUCACCGAAGGCAACGGAGGUUAUUGACACCUUUUAUUGACAAGCUGUGAAGCAUCCAAAGGUGGACGACCUGAACAAUGUUUUGAGUCGUUGUACUGAUGCACUGUGACGACUCUUACGGUGAACAGAAAAACGGGCUAAUUGCGAGACGAUAAGUCGUCUUAUUUUGUUUUGUAUUAAUACACAGAAAGCAUGCGUUCACAUAGUGGAGCGCAGGUGGGGACCAUAAACCAUGGUUUAAAGAGUCUUCUGAGCAACAAGCCCUGGAUCAGAGACUUACAGCCGACAGCAUUCCCCAGGCGGCCAUCUUGGUUCUAAGGAGGACCAAAGAUGGCCACUAUGUGAAUAAGGCCCAUAGCGCUCUGUUUUUAAAGGAAAAUUCCACUGGUGGGCCAUCCUCUAUUCGUAGAUGUAAUAUGUCCACCAGUCUACCCGUAAUAACUUGGAAUGGCACAGCUACUGCUUUCUGCUUCACCCUGGACUACAACAAGUCCACUAUUACUACUUCAGUGUCUGCUAUGCUAGCUAGCAAGGUGGCUAAUGUGUCUGUUGUCGUUUUUUCCAAGCUCUUCCUGAAUCAACAGCGAUUUACAACUCUACUCUUUACUUUUUUUUUACCCUUAUAGUGCAACUACCAGUUUUGUUGUUGAUUUGCUUGCCAGACUAAAAGGGGAACCUUAAACAUGUAUGCCUUUUCUGUUAAACGAGCUAAUGUUGCUUGACAGUGGAAUUUCUCUUUAAAUACAAUUUUUACCUUUAAAACUACAGUAUAACAUGGGUACAGUAAAACUGGUUUCUUGUCCUUUGUCGGCCAUUAAAGGAAAACUUGUUUAGGCCCAAGAAAUGUAUAUUUGCCUCCUCUGUAGUGAUACAGACUUUGUGCAGGGCAGAAAGUAACUGUUUAGGUCUUGACUGUUCAGCUUUUUAUAGCCUACUGUAUAUGGUCCAUGAUUUAUUUUUAUUUUUCAUUUGUUUGGCUGCUUUAAAAUAACCAAAUGACCAUUUGUAACUACCAAACCUUGUUCAUUUAAAAAUAACAAAUCAACAAAAUUUUUUUACUUCAGUUUCUUUUUUAUAUUCUGUAUUCUGUGCUUUAAAAGCCCUUUGUUUCUCUUUGUUUCUUGUUUUUCUGUGAAAAUGAUUCAGUGUGACUUUCCCCUGUCCUCACUAUAGGUCUGUUACUAGCUCCCUUGUUUAUAAAAUAACUAUGAUCAUUUUAUUUAUUAUAUUGCGUAAAAAGAUUGUACCACUGUUUCAACUUGCUGAUGAAAUGGAAUUUUAAGGUUUGAUACAGUAAUAUCAAUUUAUUUAUGUAACUGGAUCACUGUUUUAUAAACUUGUUAAUGAUUCAUUUUUCUUUUGAUUAAAAUUUUGAGAGGA